AUGGUCGUGGACGUGGACGUGGACGUGGACGUGGACGUGGACAUGGACGUGGACGUGGACGUGGACGUCGACAUGGCCGUGGACGUGGACGUGGACGUGGAGAACGUGGACGUGGACGUGGUCGUGGACGUUGUCUUGGACGUGGACGUGGAAGUGGUCGUGGACGUGGAGGACUUGGACGUGGACAUGGACGUGGACGUGGACGUGGUCGUGGACAUGGACGUGGACGUGGUCGUGGUCGUGGACGUGGUCGUCGACGUGGACGUGGUCGUCCACGACGUGGACUUGGACGUGGACGUGGACGUGGACGUGGUCGUGGACGUGGACGUAGACAUGGUCGUGGACGUGGUCGUGGACGUGGACGUGGUCGUGGACGUAAACGUGGACGUGGACGUGGUCGUGGACGUGGACGUGGACGUGAACGUGGUCGUGGACGUGGACGUGGACGUGGAAGUGGACGUGGACGUGGUCGUGGACGUGGACGUGGACGUGGACGUGGUCGUGGACGUCGACGUGGACGUGGACGUGGGCGUGGACGUGGUCGUGGACGUGGACGUGGACGUGGACGUGGUCGUGGAGGUGGACGUGGACGUGGACGUGGACGUGGGCAUGGACGUGGACGUGGACGUGGACGUGGAGGACAUGGACGUGGAGGACGUGGACGUGGACGUGGAGGACGUGGACGUGGACGUGGACGUGGUCGUGGACGUUGACUUAGACGUGGACGUGGAAGUAGUCGUGGACGUGGAGGACUUGGAUGUGGACAUGGACGUGGAUGUCGACGUGGUCGUGGACAUGGACGUGGACGUGGUCGUGGUCGUGGACGUGGUCGUCGACGUGGACGUGGGUGUCCACGACGUGGACUUGGACGUGGACGUGGACGUGGUCGUGGACGUGGACAUGGUCGUGGACGUGGACGUGGACGUGGACAUGGACAUGGACGUCGACGUGGACGUGGACGUGGACAUGGACGUGGACGUGGACGUGGACAUGGACGUGGACGUGGACAUGGACGUGGACAUGGACGUGGACAUGGACGUGGACAUGGACGUGGACAUGGACGUGGACGUGGACGUGGACAUCGACGUGGACAUGGACGUGGACGUGGACAUGGACGUGGACAUGGACGUGGACAUGGACGUGGACGUGGACGUAGACAUGGACGUGGACGUGGACAUGGACGUGGACAUGGACAUGGACGUGGACGUGGACAUGGACGUGGACAUGGACGUGGACGUGGACGUGGACGUGGUCGUGGACGUUGACGUGGAGGACGUGGACGUGGAGGACGUGGACGUGGACGUGGAGGACGUGGACGUGGAUGUGGACGUGGACGUGGUCGUGGACGUGGAGGACUUGGACGUGGACAUGGACGUGGACGUGGACGUGAUCGUGGACGUGGACGUGGACGUGGUCGUGGACGUGGAGGUGGACGUGGACGUAGACGUGGACAUAGUCGUAGACAUGGACGUAGACAUGGACGUGGACGUGGACGUGGUCGUGGUCGUGGACGUGGUCAUGGACGUGGUCGUGGACGUCGACGUGGACGUGAACGUGGACGUGGUCGUGGACGUGGACGUGGACGUGGAUGUGGACAUAGUCGUAGACAUGGACGUAGACAUGGACGUGGACGUGGACGUGGUCGUGGUCGUGGACGUGGUCGUGGACGUGGUCGUGGACGUGGACGUGGUCGUGGACGUAAACGUGGACGUGGACGUGGUCGUGGACGUGGACGUGGACGUGGUCGUGGACGUGGACAUGGACGUGGACGUGGUCGUGGACGUGGACGUGGCCGUGGACGUGGAUGUUGUCGUGGACGUGGACGUGGACGUGGACGUGGUCGUGGACGUGGACAAGGACGUGGUCGUGGACGUGGACGUGGACAUGGACGUGGACGUGGACGUGGACGUGGACAUGGACAUGGACGUGGACAUGGACAUGGACGUGGACAUGGACGUGGACGUGGACAUGGACGUGGACGUGGACGUGGACCUGGACGUGGUCGUGGUCGUGGACGUGGACGUGGACGUGGUCGUGGACGUGGACGUGGAGGACGUGGACGUGGAGGACGUGGACGUGGAUGUGGACGUGGAGGACUUGGACAUGGACAUGGACGUGGACGUGGUCGUGGACGUGGUCGUGGACGUAAACGUGGACGUGGACAUGGACGUGGACGUGGUCGUGGACGUGGACGUGGAUGUUGUCGUGGACGUGGACGUGGACGUGGACGUGGUCGUCGACGUGGACGUGGACGUGGUCGUGGACGUGGACGUGGACAUGGACGUGGACGUGGACAUGGACGUGGACAUGGACAUGGACGUGGACAGCGACAUGGACAUGGACAUGGACGUGGACGUGGACGUGGACAUGGACGUGGACAGGGACGUGGACGUGGACGUGGAUCUGGACGUGGUCGUGGACGUGGAUGUGGACGUGGUCGUGGACGUGGACGUAGAGGCCGUGGACGUGGAUGUGGACGUGGACAUGGUCGUGGACGUGGAGGACUUGGACGUGGACAUGGACGUGGACGUGAUCGUGGACGUGGACGUGGACGUGGUCGUGGAGGUGGACGUGGACGUAGGCGUGGACAUAGUCGUAGAGAUGGACGUAGACAUGGACGUGGACGUGGACGUGUUCGUGGUCGUGGACGUGGUCGUGGACGUGGUCGUGGACGUGGACGUGGUCGUGGACGUAAACGUGGACGUGGACGUGGUCGUGGACGUGGACGUGGACGUGGUCGUGGACGUGGACGUGGACAUGGACGUGGUCGUGGACGUGGACGUGAACGUGGAUGUGGACGUUGUCGUGGACGUGGACGUGGACGUGGAUGUGGUCGUGGACGUGGACGUGGACGUGGUCGUGGACGUGGACGUGGACGUGAACAUGGACGUGGACGUGGUCAUGGACGUGGACGUGGACGUGGUCGUUGACGUGGACGUGGACGUGGACGUGGUCGUAGACGUGGACGUGGACGUGGACGUGGACGUGGACGUGGACAUGGACGUGGACGUGGACAUGGACGCGGACGUGGACGAGAACGUGGAUGUGGACGUGGAGGACGUGGACGUGGAGGACAUGGACGUGGACGUGGAGGACGUAGACGUGGACGUGGACGUGGACGUGGUCGUGGACGUGGACGUCGAAGUGGUCGUGGACGUAGAGAACUUGGACGUGGACAUGGACGUGGACGUGGACGUGGUCGUGGACAUGGGCGUGGACAUGGUCGUGGUCGUGGACGUGGUCGUGGACGUGGUCGUCCACGACGUGGACUUGGACGUGGACGUGGACGUGGUCGUGAACGUGGACGUGGACAUGGUCGUGGACGUGGACGUGGACGUGGAGGUGGACGUGGACGUGGACAUGGACGUGGACGUGGAGGUGGACGUGGACGUGGACGUGGACGUGGACCUCGACGUCGACAUCGACGUGGACGUGGACGUGGACGUGGACAUGGACGUGGACGUGGACGUGGACGUGGACGUGGAGGUGGACGUGGACGUGGACGUGGACGUGGACGUGGACGUGGAAGUGGACGAGGACGUGGACGUGGACGUGGACGUGGACAUGGACGUGGACGUGGACGUAGACGUGGACGUGGUCGUGGACGUGGACGUGGACGUGGACGUGGAAGUCGACGUGGACGUGGACGUGGACGUGGAUGUCGACAUGGACGUGGACGUGGACGUGGACGUGGACAUGGACGUGGACAUGGACGUGGACGUGGACGUGGACGUGGAGGACGUGGUCGUGGACGUGGAGGACGUGGACGUGGACGUGGACGUGGACGUGGACGUUGACGUGCACAUGGACGUGGACGUGGAUGUGGACGUGGACCUCGACAUGGACGUGGACAUGGACAUGGACGUGGACAUGGACAUGGACGUGGACAUGGACAUGGACGUGGACAUGGACAUGGACGUGGACAUGGACAUGGACGUGGACAUGGACAUGGACAUGGACGUGGACGUGGACGUGGACGUGGACAUGGACGUGGACGUGGACGUGGACCUGGACGUGGUCGUGGUCGUGGACGUGGACGUGGACGUAGUCGUGGACGUGGACGUGGAGGACUUUGACGUGGAGGACGUGGACGUGGACGUGGAGGACGUGGACGUGGAUGUGGACGUGGACGUGGUCGUGGACGUGGAGGACUUGGACGUGGACAUGGACGUGGACGUGGACGUGAUCGUGGACGUGGACGUGGACGUGGUCGUGGAUGUAGACGUGGACGUAGGCGUGGACAUAGUCGUAGACAUGGACGUAGACAUGGACGUGGACGUGGACGUGGUCGUGGUCAUGGUCGUGGACGUGGUCGUGGACGUGGUCGUGGACGUGGACGUGGUCGUGGACGUAAACGUGGACGUGGACGUGGUCGUGGACGUGGACGUGGACGUGGACGUGGUCGUGGACGUGGACGUGGACGUGAACGUGGACAUGGUCGUGGACGUGGACGUGGACGUGGAUGUUGUCGUGGACGUGGACGUGGACGUGGACGUGGUCGUGGACGUGGACGUGGAUGUGGUCGUGGACGUGGACGUGGACGUGGACAUGGACGUGAACGUGGACGUGGACGUGGUCAUGGACGUAGACGUGGACGUGGUCGUGGACGUGGACGUGGACGUGAACGUGGAUGUGGUCGUGGACGUGGACGUGGACGUGGACGUGGACGUGGACAUGGACGUGGACGUGGACAUGGACGCGGACGUGGACGUGAACGUGGACGUGGACGUGGAGGACGUGGACGUGGAGGACGUGGACGUGGAGGACGUGGACGUGGACGUGGUCGUGGACGUUGACUUGGACGUGGACGUUGACUUGGACGUGGACGUCGAAGUGGUCUUGGACGUGGAGGACUUGGACGUGGACAUGGACGUGGACGUGGACGUGAUCGUGGACGUGGACGUAGACAUGGACGUGGUCGUGGAUGUGGACGUGGACGUAGGCGUGGACAUAGUCGUGGACGUGGACGUGGUCAUGGACGUGGACGUGGACGUAGACGUGGACAUGGUCAUGGACGUGGACGUGGACGUGGUCGUGGACGUGGACGUGGACGUGGACGUGGUCGUGGAUGUGGACGUGGACGUGGACGUGGACCUGGACGUGGACGUGGACAUGGACGCGGACGUGGACGUGAACGUGGACGUGGACGUGGAGGACGUGGACGUGGACGUGGUCGUGGACGUUGACUUGGACGUGGACGUCGAAGUGGUCGUGGACGUGGAGGACUUGGACGUGGACAUGGACGUGGAUCUGGACGUGGUCGUGGACAUGGAUGUGGACGUGGUCGUGGUCGUGGACGUGGUUGUCGACGUGGACGUGGUCGUCCACAACGUGGACUUGGACGUGGACGUGGACGUGGACGUGGUCGUGGACAUGGACGUGGACGUGGUCGUGGACGUGGACCUGGACGUGGACGUGGACGUGCACAUGGUCGUGGAGGUGGAGGUGGACGUGAACGUGGACGUGGACGUGGAUGUGGACGUGGACGUGGACGUGGACGUGGACGUGGUCGUGGACGUGGACGUGGACGUGGACGUGUACGUGGACGUGGUCGUGGACGUGGACCUGGACGUGGACGUGGACGUGGACGUGGAGGUGGACGUGGACGUGGAGGUGGACGUGGACAUGGACGUGGACGUGGACGUGGUCGUGGACGUGGACGUGGACGUCGACGUGGACGUGGACGUCGACGUGGACGUGGUCGUGGACGUGGACGUGGACGUGGAGGACGUGGAAGUGGAGGAGGACGUGGACAUGGAGGUGGACGAGGACGUGGACGUGGACAUGGACGUGGACGUGGACGUGGACGUGGAGGACGUGGAGGACGUGGACGUGGACGUGGACGUGGACGUGGAGGACGUGGAGGACGUUGACGUGGACGUGGACGUGGACGUGGACGUGGACAUGGACGUGGACUUGGACAUGGACGUGGACAUGGACGUGGACAUGGAGGUGGACGUGGACCUGGACGUGGACAUGGACGUGGACAUGGACGUGGACGUGGACAUGGACGUGGACAUGGACGUGGACAUGGACGUGGACGUGGACAUGGACGUGGACAUGGACGUGGACAUGGACGUGGACGCGGACAUGGACGUGAACGUGGACGUGGACUUAGACGUGGACAUGGACGUAGAAGUGGACAUGGACGUGGACAUGGACGUAGAAGUGGACAUGGACGUGGACAUUGACGUGGACAUGGACGUGGAAGUGGACGUGGACGUGGACAUGGACGUGCACAUGGACGUGCACAUGGACGUGGACGUGGACAUGGACGCGGACGUGGACGUGGACGUGGACGUGGAAGUGGACGUGGACAUGGACGUGCACGUGGACGUGGACGUGGACGUGGACGUGGAGGACGUGGAGGACGUGGACAUGGACGUGGACAUGGACGUGGACAUGGACGUGGACGUGGAGGUGGACGUGGAGGUGGACGUGGACGUGGAGGACGUGGAGGACGUGGACAUGGACGUGGACGUGGACAUGGACGUGGACAUGGACGUGGACAUGGACGUGGACAUGGACGUGGACAUGGACGUGGACAUGGACGUGGACAUGGACGUGGACGUGGAGGACGUGGUCGUGGACAUGGACGUAGACGUGGACCUGGACAUGGACGUGGAGGUGGACGUGGAGGUGGACGUGGAGGUGGAGGUGGACAUGGAGGUGGACGUCGAUGUGGACGUGGACGUGGACGUGGACGUGGAGGACGUGGAGGACGUGGACAUGGACGUGGACAUGGACGUGGACGUGGACAUGGACGUGGACAUGGACGUGGACAUGGACGUGGACAUGGACAUGGACGUGGACGUGGAGGACGUGGACGUGGAGGUGGACGUGGACGUGGACGUGGACAUGGACGUGGACGUGGACGUGGACAUGGACGUGGACGUGGACGUGGACAUGGAGGACGUGGACAUGGACGUGGACGUGGACGUGGAUAUGGACGUGGACAUGGACGUGGACGUAGACGUGGACGUGGACAUGGAUGUGGACUUGGACAUGGACGUGGACAUGGACGUGGACAUGGACGUGGACAUGGACGUGGACGUGGACAUGGACGUGGACAUGGACGUGGACAUGGACGUGGACAUGGACGUGGACAUGGACGUGGACAUGGACGUCGACGUGGACAUGGACGUGGACGUGGACGUGGACUUAGACGUGGACGUGAACGUGGACGUGGACAUGGACGUGGACAUGGAUGUAGAAGUGGACAUGGACGUGGACAUGGACGUGGACAUGGACGUGGACGUGGACAUGGACGUGGACAUGGACGUGGACAUGGACGUUGACGUGGACAUGGACGUGGACGUGGACGUGGACGUGGACAUGGACGUGGACAAGGACGUGGACGUGGACAUCGACGUGGACGUGGACGUGGACAUGGACGUGGACUUGGACGUGGACAUGGCGUGGACAUGGACGUGGACGUGGACGUGGACAUGGCAUGGACAUGGACGUGGACGUGGACAUGGACGUGGACAUGGACGUGGACGUGGACGUGGACGUGGACAUGGACGUGGACAUGGACGUGGACGUGGACAUGGACGUGGACGUGGACGUGGACGUGGACGUGGACAUCGACGUGGACGUGGACGUGGACGUGGACAUGGACGUGGGGUGGACGUGGACGUGGACAUGGACAUAGACGUGGACGUGGACGUGGACGUGUACAUGGCGUGGACGUGGACGUGGACGUGUACAUGGCGUGGACGUGGACGUGGACGUGGACGUGGAUGUGGCAUGGACAUGGACGUGGACGUGGACGUGGACGUGGACGUGGACGUGGACAUGGUCGUGGACGUGGACGUGGAGGACAUGGACGUGGACGUGGACGUGGACGUCGACAUGGACGUGGACGUGGACGUGGACGUGGACAUGGACGUGGACGUGGACGUGGACAUGGACAUGGACAUGGACGUGGACGUGGACUUGGACGUGGACGUAGACGUGGACGUGGACGUGGACGUGGACAUGGACGUGGACGUGGACAUGGACGUGGACGUGGACGUGGACAUGGACGUGGACGUGGACGUAGACGUGGACGUGGACAUGGUCGUGGACGUGGACGUGGACGUGGACAUGGACGUGGACGUAGACGUGGACGUGAACAUGGACGUGGACGUGGACGUGGACGUGGACAUGGAUGUGGACGUGGAGGACGUGGACGUGGAGGUGGACGUGGACGUGGAAGUGGACAUGGACGUGGACGUGGACGUGGACGUGGACAUGGACGUGGACGUGGACGUGGACGUGGACGUGGACAUGGACGUGGACAUGGACGUGGACGUGGACGUGGACGUGGACAUGGACGUGGACAUGGACGUGGACAUGGACGUGGACGUGGACGUGGACGUGGACGUGGACAUCGACGUGGACGUGGACGUGGACGUGGACAUGGACGUGGGGUGGACCUGGACGUGGACAUAUACAUAG